AUGACAACAGCGGCUAGGCCGACAUGGGACACAGCAAAAGGCGGUCGAGGAAAAGGCGAAGGAGAUCUUUCGGCGCUGUCAAAACAGUAUUCGAGUCGUGAUUUGCCGUCGCACACAAAACUAAAACACAGGUAUGAACUUACAGUAAAUGUAACCAUAACUUUUUGGCCUGUUGAUGUUAAUUUUUCGCUCACUUUCUUUUAAUUUCUAAUUUAAUCAGGAACCCAUACAGUGAUGGUGGUUUAACGCAUUACAAGAUUGGUGUUCGUGCUAAAUACAUUUGGCUACAUUCAUGAUUGUUGUGAAUGCCAUAAUUUCCAAGUUCGUUUCUAACGUCCCUCAAUGUACAUGUAUAUAAUAUGCACUCACGCACGUCAUUAAAAAUGAAAUAACAUACCUUCAUUACAUGGACAGUGGAACCCUGUUGAUACGGUCAUCAAUGGGCCAAAAAACUUUGGCCUGUUUAACAGGUGACUUUAUUAAUGAGGGUCUUUUACAAGAAAAUGUAUGGCUAUUUUGUCAGGCUGCCAAAAAAAGUGUCUGAAUAAUGAGUUGACCAUAUUACCCAGGUGGCCGUAAGGCGGGGUUUUGGAAUUUAUUCCUUUCUUCUCAAAGUGGUUUUUCACGGAAUAAUGAGACACAAGAAGUCAUGUUCAUGAAAUUUUUUAGACGUGUAAGAAUGAAGCAGGACGUAACUAAUCGAUAGAAAUCGAUCAUCAAAAAUGUAAUCGAUUAAUCGAUAACACUCGAUAGUACUCGAUAUUUGUCGAUUGAUUAGUCAAUUUAAUCGAUUGAAAUCGAUAAUCACAAAUUUUUUGUCGCAUCUAUGGAAAUCGAAAAUCAAAAACGUGUUCUGAUCUUAUCAUAACACUGCGUAACACUUACCUUCAAGCUUACCUUCGAAUCCGCUUUGUUGAUAAAGAUGAUGUUACUUCCUUCUCCAAUGGUAGCUACUUUUCUUAUUUCUUUUUUUUACCAGGAUCACUGCUGUAAAUUUGUACUCUAGAAUCGUCAGAAUCGUGGUAAAUAGCCGUAGUCACUAAUGUAGAAAUUGGCAAACUGUCGUCCGUUCUCCGAGAAUUUAGAAGGGUAUUGUUCGAGCGCUUAUUGGGAGACACGUAUGGUGGCUUACGGAGCGCGGAGAAUCUUCGUCCGUUUUCUUUUCGAUCAUUGUCGAACAAAUCGAUAAAAUCGAUAGCUAAUUACAGAAAUCAAUCAAAAUCGAAAAUCACAAAGAUGCGAGUGAUCGAUUUCUAUCGAUUUCCGAUAUUAAUCAAUUGAUUAAUAUCGAUUACGAUCGAUUAUGUUCGAUUUCUAUCGAGUAUCGAAAAUAUCGAUUAGGUACGCCCUGAAUGAAGCUGUUAAAUGGUAUUUGUAUACAUAUGGCUGUAUCUUACAUUAUGUGUUACCCAAAAAAUGAAAAUGAAGUAAAAAUCCACUGUACCAAGAAAAGGAUGUUGGUUGGUGAUUGAAAUAAUGGCCGCAUGUAAGAAAAAAAAUGUGGGGUUUCAAGCAACUUUUUGUUUCCAACAUUAUGGUGUCACUUGGCGGGGGGUCCAGAAGGGUCUAUAUUAGAUUUAUAGAUCCACUCAGUUCUUCACAAGUAUCCUCCAAUAAUGUAUUUGCAGACAAGCAGGGCAGGAUACUGCAGAGGAAUUGCGUAGCCGAGACUUCCGCAAGGAUUUGGAAGAACGUGAAAGAGUAGCAGCUCGUGAAAGAAACAAGGAAAAAGGCAGCAGAUAUACCAGUGAACAACCAAAGAGACCUCGUUUAGAUCAACCACCUCCUUCUAAUUUGGAUGCAGAUGACCCUGUUGAUGAUGAUGAUGAUGAUGACUCUGACGAAAGGUGAUACAGUUAGAUAAAGUCGUAACCUUUCCUUGUGGACACUCAUCCCCUUGAUGCAGAAAUAUCUUCUGUUACGGAGAAUACUAUUGAUCCUAUAGAGACAAUAAAUUUAUUCCUCCAUCUAUAAAAUUGCUGACACUUGACUCUAUCACGUGGUUGUCUUUGUUAAGUGUAGGUGUUACUGUAUGUGCCUACUCAAUGUAAUGUGGUUAGUAAUAUUUUUUUUGGCAUGAUCAAAUUCAAAACUUAAGUAAGUGAAGUGUUGUCUGCCUGGAACAGUGGCAGUAUGUUAUCUCCUCUUUUUGCAAAACUGGUUAACCCUUUAAGCCCCAACAUCCACAUACAAAUUCUCCAAACUGAUCUCUAUACAUUUCCUUAAAGAAUAAGUUGAGAGAAUUUGAUAAAAGAUCAAAGCAUUUUCCCCAAGGUGAUCAUUUUAUUAAUUCUCAUAACCUAAUCUCUUGACAAUGUAUGGAUAUUGUAAGGAGAAAAUUAAUGUUGGUCACUAUUGGGCCUUAAUGGGUUAACCUCAACUCUACAUAGUCAGACUGGGAAAUGUAAAAAAAAAAGACUCUCUCCUUGGACAAUAGGAUUGUACUUCUGUUGAGUAGAGUGCUUCAUUUUGUCCAGAUUUGUGAGCUUGACUUUUUCUUUCAUUCAAACUUGGCUUGUGUGAGGUAUCUCUAAUUUUGGGGUCUCAGAUGUGCACUAUUCAAGUUUGGGUGAAAAGCAAAGUUAUUGUAAGUAGACAGAUACAAUGUUAAUUCGAUAAUUAUGAUAAAUUUAAAAGCUGAACUCUGACAGGUUAUUUGACAUUGUUGAUCCUGUUUCAGUGAUGAUGAAGAUGACACUGCCGAACUUCUUGCCGAGUUACAAAGAAUAAAAAAGGAGAGGGCACAAGAAGAAGCAAGAAAAGUGAGGUUCAAUUCGGAAUGAUGUAUUGUGUGAUGUUGUCUGUUAUCUUCACAGGCAUUCUGAAAUCACCAUAUGAGAGGUUGUUAAAAAUCAGUAAAUUGUACAUCCAGUGAUGGGGCUUUGCUCUAGCAUUGCCCAGUGACCCCUGACACCUCAUGUUUGCUCCUGGGCAACUAGAAAACUUAGUGUUUCCAUAAAAAAACCAUAUGCAAGGCAAUCUGGAUUUCACAGUUUCAGAGCAAUGGGCUGGCGGGCUUUUUACAAUUUUUUUAUAGGUUUCAUUUUCAUGAGAAAAUUUAAAAAAAUAUCUUAGGUUUUUUUGUGGAGAAAAGAGAUUAACAAAUAUACAAUACUUUUGAUAUAUUUUUUUGCAAAAAGCCAGAUCACUGAUGAAAACAACUACUGAUGAAACACAAAAUAAGUUUAUUUCUUUUCUCCACAAUAAGAAGGUAUAGAAACUUCUUUUGGAAUUUUUACAUUUCUUAUCUGCAGCUUAUGAAAAUUAAUCAUUACAUGUACAUGUGUAUGUUAUGCAAUAUUAUUACUAGAUUUAUUUAUUUUUAACAAGCUUUCACAAAGUUUGUUUGAAUUGCAAGUGGUAUCGUUUUGAGCCUGCUGGGGCAGUGAAAAAAAAACAAUCCCUGCUGACAAGGAAAUAAGAUAUCUGUCAGUGUCAAGGGUAAUUUUUUAUUGCUAAUUAGUUUUUUUCCAGUUGGUUGCCAUCCAACAGCAUCAUGUUAUCUCUGUCACUCAGUAUCUCAAAUUUAUGCAUUUUAAAAGCUAACAUUAUUUAUCUGCCAACUAAUGUGAGUCUCUAAUUUAUUUCAUAACAGGAAAGAGAAAAGAAAGAAGAAGAAGAGAGAAUACGAAUGGAGAAUAUUAUGACUGGAAAUCCUUUACUCAACACACAAAGCAAUUUUAAAGUGAAAAGAAGGUACCACACACUGCAAAAAUCCUGUAUUCUUUUCUGUUGUGGAGAUCUCCAAGAACAUUGAUGUGCAAUGUUGAUUGCCUGUUGGUGGUUGUGAAAAACUUUUGCUGCUUGCCAAUAGGCUUGAGCCACAUCAAAGUUAAAACAAGUCAAUUGAUUAGUACUGCAUGCGCCAGUCUUGACCAGUCAAGUGGUUGUGUGUAACAAGACAAUGCAAUAUUAUUACAGUAAAAACCCGCGAGUAAGAACCUGGUUUUUAAAAACCUGUUACAGUGGGCUAAAAUUUGCCAGUUUGGGACCCUCUAUACACUUAAGAACUUGUUUAGCCUAAAAUUUGAAACAGGUUCUUAUUUUCUAAAAUCUAUAAUUUUUGAAAUUCCUGUACAAUAGGCCAUUAAAUUUUGCACUAAGAGGCAUGUGACAUCGUUUUUAUGAAAAUGAAAGUUACAUGAUUUUGCCUUCGAAAAACGAUUAGUGGGUCAUAUGUUAAACAAAAUAGUAGUCAUUUGGUUUUUCAAACCCGCAUCAUUUUCUUAAAAUGAAUAAGUUCGUAAAUGGUCACGUGACCAAAAUGUGAUUUUUAAAAUUAAGAAUUACCUCUCUCUGAACACAAAUUUUGCACUUAAACUUCAAGGAAAAUGUUGAAAAGAUGAUGUGAUAUCGUUUACAGCACAUCUGAGCGUAACUAUGAAACGUUGAACAAGAUAUAAGCAAGAAGUAGUUUUGUCCGCCAUGUUGGAGGGCAAAAGCAUGCCCUCUAACAUGGUGGCCAAUACAAAUCAUACUACUUUGCUGAAAAAUCAAAGUGCCAUAAAAUAUCUGCCUUGAAUGCGUUUCCUCUCAAAUUUCGGGUGUAUUAUAAUUUGUGUGUGCUCUAACAAUUUUUGGCAUCAGCAAGAUUCCAACUCAUUGUUUAAAGGAAGCAUUGGUCACGUGACCUCUUAGUGCAAGUAGCCUAUUGGGCAAAUGGGACAAGUCAACAUUCAGGGUCCUCUUUGUAAAUAAUUGUAUGGGCAGCUGCAGAUGUUGUAUGAGGGACAAGCUGAAUACCACCAAUUAAACCUUUAUUUUACAUGGUACUCAUUUUCUAUCUCCUCAUUGGCUAAGAGCUUACAGCUAAUUUUGGAAAUCAGCGAAACCUACCAGUAAUAGCCUGAUUCUCAGACAUCCGAGGUCAUUCGUGGUCUCUUCAGGAAAGAAGCGAAGGGACCGAGAACAACCUCGGACAUCUGAGAAUAAGUCGACGCAACCUAUAGAUUAGUUAGUUAUCUGCUAGCAAAUAAGUGACAAAACAAUGUGUAAUAAAACAAUAAUAAUUUAUUAUUAAAUUUGGUUUUUGUGAUUCCUAAAUAAUCAAGGUCUCACUAAGUGUUAUCAUCCUUGGCCUUCAGCUCGGCUGAUAACACUGACAUGUUCCUCAACCUCGAUUAUUCUGGAUAUCACAAAAACCUCAUCCAGUAAUUGUUUAUUAGCUACAAUGUAUAAAAAAUAAAUAAAUAAAUAAAUAACUUAUUUAAGAACCUAAAUAGCCUAAAUUUGUUCUAAAUGUAAUUACCAUUUUUCCCUAACCUAACUAGGGAAAGUGUACAUGUAGGUUUUUAGUCAGAGGUUUUACUGUAAUGUCAAAUUCUCCCUUUGUCUUUCAAGUAACUAAGGCAAGGCUAUGUUUACUUGGUCACCAAGUGAUGUCUAACAGUCAGCUUUUACAAAGCAGUCAUUGUCAUAUACCGUAAAAUUCCGAAAACAAGCCCCUCCAUGUAUAAGCCCCCCAAACUGGUAACGCAAAAAAACCCUCCGUUAAAUCGCCCCUCCAAAUAUAAAAAAUUGGAAAAUUGCCCUCAAAUACAGAGUGAAACGAAGCAAAAAUAGUAAAUUUACUUCCAACUAUAAGGGUAGCUCAAUCGAUUUUGAAAUGCAAAUUUCCUUCUGUAGAUAAGCCCCUCCGAAUAUAAGCCCCUCCAAAAAUAAGCCCCUCAAAAAGGACCUUUGAAAAAUAUAAGCCCCGGGGCUUAUUUUCAGAAUUUUACGGUAUUCCCACGCAAUCUAAGACUAAAUAAUAUUUUUUUUACUGCUAUAACUCUCUGUAGGAACACAACUUUUAAGAAAACAGUCUAAGAGCUGGCCCCAAGGGUGUCCGGCCUUGAAGCAAUCACUGCAUACUAAUUUAACUGGUGACUUCUUUAUCAUUUUAGGUGGGAUGAUGAUGUUGUAUUUAAGAACUGUGCAAAGGGGGAAGACGAAAAAAAGAAAGUAAGUUUAUACUGAUAUGAGAGAGUGACCAGGAUUAACUUGUAUUUACAUUGUAUAUAUUAUACCAUAUUUUUUCGGUUAUAAGGCGCACUCAGUUGUGAGACGCACCCGAAUUUUUUAACUUGAUCCUUUUAAGUUAGCAAACUGAGAAUUUCACAUAAAUACUUGGUUAUAAGACGCAACCCCAAUUUUGCGCUUUUUUCGCCAUCUUCACUUGCAGAACAACGGCGUUUUCAAAGUUCCUAAUUACAGUUAUGUCACCUUUUUUUCAACAAAGGGAGCUAUAAGACUCACCCCGAUUCUGGAACAGAUCGAGGUUGAUCACGCAAAAUUUCUUUGAAAAAAUGCUGCGCCUUAUAACCGAAAAAGUACAGUAAUCUUCAACUGCUUUUCAUGAAACAUAAUUGCAAAGUGCAGUCAAACCUCUGUUGCAGCAGCCUUCUUUCUGCCACCGUCCAUUUAACAGCUAGAUUCUAAAGUCCCAAAAGCAGGAGGAGGAUGGCUGUGAGGAUUGCAGCCAAUUUUAAGGCAGUGGCAUAGAAACAGCAUUUUCAAUUUUAUAAAAGUUUUUCAGAUGUAUCUAGUGUCAAUGUCACAACCAAAUAUGGUCAACUUAAGUAUUGGUUUUACUUUCUUUCAGGAGCAACACUUUAUCAACGAUACCCUUCGAUCAGAAUUCCAUAAAAAAUUCAUGCAAAAAUAUGUGAAAUAGACCAUGGACGCAACUGAUACCUGACCACGAUUGGUUCAAUGAUGAUGUGCUUGAGGAUGAGUGAUAUUAUGUCUAGCCUAGAAUCAUUGUCUCAUCUGUUCAUCAUCGCUUACUCUUGCUUAUUGGAGACUGGGAUCUGUAAAGCUUUCUCUUUUUUCAACUUCAACUUCAACUUCAACUUUAUUUAAUAAAAAUACUGAUUUUUACUGGCCCGCAAAAUAGCAAUUGCUAAUCUAGGCGGACCAUUUAAAAGAAAAAUAAAGUGAAAGUAAAGGAAGGAAACUAUUUUAAGUUACAGUUAAUAACAUUUAUAUCAUAGUUUUAUUUCAAUUACAUUAAAUCUACUGAGGAAAGAUGAAAAAGGAAUUGAUGGAGUGCGAAAAAAACAAAUGCUUUUGUACAGAAAUCACUUAACUGUUAAUCGAACUUUUUCAACUAUUAAUGACGUCUCAAUACAGUCAAGACGUCAGGAAGCAAUCUGUGAAGCACUUUCGUAAAUUUCUUUUAGGAAGAUCUCUAAUAUUACUAGGUAUCUCAUUCCAAAGUUUUACACCAAAACGAGAGAUUCUUUCAAAAUCUCCAGUUGUUGUAAAGCCUGGAUCUCUGUAAAAUGGAUUCUGUAAAAUGGGUCACCUGCCUCCUUUUCCUCUCAGAGUGAAUGAUGAAGUCUUGUAAGUUGCUGAUUUACUUAAAUACAGAACACAGAACACCCUAGACUUACCCAAACUUCAAGCUCAAAAUGAGAAACAAAGGACUUUUUUGGGACAGCCUGAAACACUCUUCAGAACACAUCAAAUGAGUCAAUCAGACUGAAAAUUACAGUACACACUUAUUUUACAGAUUAGGGUUAAACCUUGCCAGGUUGUUCCAGGGGUAUUCUAAAAUGUUCAGAGUCUUAGUAAUGACUUAAGCCCCAUUCAUACCAAUGGUUAAACAUGUUUAAAAGCUGUUUAGUUAAUCACAGUUUAAUUUUGUUUUCUUUGUAACUCCUUACUGUUCUUUUAUCAAUUUCAAAAUGAUAUUGUGCAUUAAUGUUAAGUUUAUUUGUGAAUUCUGUGUAAAAGCCUGUGUUCUAGUUUUCUAUUACUGUUUUUCAUUUUCUUAAACUCAGUUUAAUUAAACACGUUUAGUUGGUGUGAAUGGAGCAUUAGUCCAAACUUUUGAGUCUGUGGCAGCCUCAUCCAAGUGCCAGUUCUCACUAUGUGAUUGAGCAGGGGCUUGUGACUGCAUGAACUUGAUAUUCCAGGCCUAGCAGAAAAAAUUAUGGCAAGAAAGUCCCAGAUGAUUGCAUGAUGAACAUAACCUUUUUGUCAGAGAAUCAUGGAAUAUUUUUUAUGUAUGAGUUAAAUACAUCACUUCUGGAUGUUUGUUGACCAUAGAAUGGUAGAAAUGAGAUGUGCUGGCCGGUUUUGUUUUUUGUUUUUCUUUUUUCCUUUCAAAAUGGCGAGUUAAGCUGCAUCAUCCCAUUUGUUUCCAUUUCAUCUAGACUUAUGUUGCUGUUUCAAGGCCAUUUCACUUGUCGGAGUUAAACCCGAACAGGCCCUCAGCAUUCUGGAUUUUCUGUUUUUUGCCAGGUGUCUCGAGAAAUUCUCUGUGACUUCACAGACAAACUUAACUAACUAUGAGGAGACUGAGUAUGUCAAUGAAAUUCUGGGGUGUGACCAUUCAAAUGAAACCUCCUUGGCAGUACUUUCACAUUGCGUGGUUUUCAGCAUUUUGCGAAGUGAAAUGUGAAAAUUUUGUGUGGGGCUUCUUUUGAGAGUGAAAGGGGCAAAAUUAAGCAAAUGACAUUGUAAGGCAGUGAAGCAGUAGUGUUGGUCUGAAUGUGAAAUAGCACUGGUUAUGUAGAUCUGGCAACGGUCAUUUAAAAACAAAAUGUAGUGGCGCAAAACGACAACAAACAUUCAGUUACUGUACAGUCACCUGAGGGCUUUACUGAUCAAGUGAGUGUGUGUGUGUUUUAACUUCACAACUUCAUUAAAUAUGUGUAUGGAAAUUUUCCACUUGAAAUGUAGUGUGUUUUUUAAGGCAUACAUUUUCACACACUAUUUUGAAUCUUUUCAUUUAAAUUUAUUAACAAGUUAUUCUAAAAGUAAGUAACUCUUACCACUUUCAUCUAUCAGUGUUUUUGAUACGAUAAAGUAUGAUAAGGAGUUUAAAACCAAAAAAAAUUCCACCAGCGAUAAAAUUGAACCACAACAUCUACACCAGUCUGUUUUUUGAUAUCAAUAUUUGCACGCACAAACAAGCUUAGAGUUAUAUAAUAAAACUUGACAACAGCUAACGUUGUGCUAUCUACAUACAAUAUUGGAUAUUAAUCCUACCUGGAAAAAAAAUAAACUUAAAAAGCUAAGCAUGA